AAUACCUAACAAUGGUCAAAGUACAUCGACAAUGUCCAGUGCGGGAGGCAAGUCCAAGUCCAAGCAAGGCAAGUCUGUCCGGUUGAAUAUCAACGCCAGGGAGAGGAGAAGGAUGCAUGACUUGAACGAUGCGCUAGAUGAACUCAGAAGCGUCAUACCAUAUGCUCACUCACCGUCCGUACGGAAAUUGUCGAAAAUCGCUACACUUUUACUGGCGAAAAAUUAUAUUUUAAUGCAAGCAAAUGCUCUAGAAGAAUUAAGAAGACUGAUCACUUACAUACAGGCUCAAGGAACAAUGACAAUGCCACCUGGUUUUGAUUUACAAGCUUCGAUGUAUCCCAUUAAACCUUCAUUGGCUUCGCCCAACGCUUCUCCAGAUUCUCCACAGUCUUAACAUGUUAUACGAAUGAUUCUUUUAUGACAAAAUAUUUAAAAAUAUAUAUAAUAGAAAAUAAAUAUGUAAACGAUAUUAAUGAGAGGAUUACAGAUUCUUCUAAGCGAAUAUCACGUCACCGAGUUUUAUAAUGCGAUUUUUAUAAAUUAUUAUAAAUAUUACUUAUAUAUUUAUAUAAAUAUAAAUUACACA